CGUACACCUACGCAGCUUAGUUAUUAGGGCUUCGGCAGCAGAGCCGACGCCGCCCGCAUCGAGGUCGCAGACUUGCAGCCACACGAGCACCUUUGAGAUUCUUCGCACACGAUCAAUCUGACUCCAGUCGCCGCGGGAUGUCAGAGAGCAUCCCUACUCAUGAGGCAAGAUACGAACUGUGGCCGACCCAAUUUCUGACGCCUCAAUCCGAACACGACACCGGACAUAGCAACGAAUCCGUUGCACUGAUAGUCUUGAACUCGCCUAUUUCCGACUACGACUACUUUAGCCGGCUGUACCACAAUGCCUCUUACUGUCUUUGUGCGGACGGAGGAGCCAACAGACUGUACGAUCUGUUGAGGAAACAAUAUCGAGAAUGGGACUGGACGGAUGCCCUCCGAAGCGCCCUGCCGAACAGUGUCCAUGGAGACCUGGACUCACUCAACGACACUGUUCGCCAGCGUUAUGAACAGAUUGGCGUCGAAAUCACCAAAGACCCUGAUCAGUAUAGCACCGAUUUCGGCAAGGGAGUCAAGAAGAUCAAGGACGAAGUGCCCCAUCUCCGAGACAUCCUCGUGCUGGGGAGCGUUGGUGGGCGCGUCGACCAGGGCAUCGGGCUCUUAGGCGAAUUCUACCGCGAGCAGAAGUAUCGCAAUCCGGACGUGCGCUUCUGGCUGUUCUCGGAGUCUGGCAUCAGCACUCUUCUGCAGCCCGGAACGACAGUACUCCACACUCCGCUGGGCAAAGGGCUGAUCACGAGGAACAUCGGCAUCUUGCCCUUGUAUGGCCGCGCGGUGAUCAGCACGCAGGGCUUGGAGUGGGAUGUUCAGGACUGGUCGACGGAGAUGGGUGGGCAGAUGAGCACGAGCAAUCAUAUCACUGCGGACGUCAUCACCAUCACCACGGAUCAUGACGUGCUGUUCACUGUGGAAAGAGCGACGGAGUGAGAUUGGUGCUGCGGUUGGCAGUCGAGAUGAGGUAGACUGGGCAGUGCCGUUGAGCAUCUCGCAGAGACAGAGGUAUGCGAUUGGGGUUAGGUAGAAGGUGUGAAGGAGAGGCAGUCAUCAGCGAGACGCUUGGUCCUUGCGGAAAGUCCUUGUCUUAGCCCUGUCAUUAUAUCGCAAUUAUCGGAUGAGAGCACGACCAAGAAUCGGUGUAACAUGGCAAAGGCAGCGCACGCGUUGAAGGUACGUAUAGGCGUAGGUCAAAGUUCUGGUUGGCUGCGACCCGAGGCACCACCAGACGUCACCGCAUUGAGCC